AUGAAAAUAAUGUUCAAUCUUCCACCACCACCACCACCAUUUACUCUACCACCUCCACCAAUAUUUCCAUCGGAUGUAUUUAAUAUAAAAAUUCUUCCUCAAUUAACUUGUUCGUCAACUCGACAACAAAAACAAGAAAUUAAUUUUCAUCUAAUAAUUAUUAGUUGUAUUAUUUUCUUUGUUCUUUCAAUUUUUCUUACUCUAUUAUUUAUAUGUAUUCAAUUUUAUCAUGGGAAAAAAUCUUUAAGAAAUAAUCUUGUUUCAAAAUCAAUAUCUCAUGUUCCAAAAGACAUACCAAUCUAUGAUAAUUGUUCAUAUGAAACAAUCAAUACAUCAGAAGCAAUUUUAUUAAUAAAUUCAAGUCAUAUUAUUUGUAAUCAAUAUCAUCGACGAUCGUCUUCUCCACCUUCAUUUUAUUAUAAUAUUCCUUAUUAA